UGGCGGCGACAAAAGGUCGAGGACCACAAGUUUGAUUUCAUUGACGUUGACGACUAUGUCGAUAACUCGCUCUGGAGGAAAUUCAAGUACUCACUUGUCUUUGGCAUCGUAAUCAAGGGCAUCCUUAUUUACUGUGCCGAUUUAUGGACAGCCGUCAACUUGCUCGUCGCUAAAACGUGGCAGACCAAUCUCGGAGACAUCAAGAUCUCGUUCGAGAUUUACAAGUGGAUUUUCGCCGCCUGUAUUAUUCUUUCGUUUAUUCUCCUGGCAUGGGACAUGAAAAAGGCUGCGGCAAUCAUUAAGAGUCGCGACAUCAGCUAUGCUUUCACCAGCAUGAUUGCCUAUCGAUAUUAUGCGGUCAAAAGUUAUGCCCACUUUUGCCUGUUCCAAAAGAUUCACAACUCGAAAAAGACCAUCGAUGAGGUCGCGUUCUUUUGCUUCUUCACUUUCCGAGGUUGGAAGCGGCUCAUAUUUGCGGACGGACCAAGACAGGUUAUCAACGGCAUUAUCCUUAUCACUGUCGUCAACAAAAACAGGACCAAGAACAAUGACCUUGACCUUGCAUUUUGGAACUACCCUUUUCCUCUGAUGACACGCAUUACCAUGGGAGUGAUGACAUUCACACUUACCCUGUGGAUCAUCUCUGUUCUUCUUAUGCUGGUGGCAGUCAUUCUCUAUAUUCCGUUGGUCAUUCACAUCCAGGGCAACCUGAAAGAAUUUUGUUGCCACAAGAUUGAUAAACGGUAG